AUGGCUGAUAAAAAGGGCAAACCCGGGGAACCGGCAGCAGCCCCGGCACCUGGAGCGCCACCGCCUGGGCCGGACGCUGCGAAAAAGCCAGACGAGCCCAAGAAAAAGUCAGAGCAGCCCAAAGAUGAAGUGGGAACGCGGAAGGGGUGUCGCCGAUACAAGUGGGAAUUCAAGGACAGCAAUAGAGAGUUCUGGACUCUGGGGCACGCUGAGGUCAAGCUCAUUAGCUUGGCCUGCCUAAUAGGUUCGCUGAUAAUGUUCACGGGGACCACUGUGCACCCCAUCCUGACACUCAUCAUCACCAUGGAGAUGUCCAUCUUCAUCUUUUUCAUCAUUGUCUACACCUUCGCCAUCCAGAGAUACUUGCCCUUCAUCCUAUGGCCUAUUUCUGAUCUUCUCAACGACCUGUUUGCCUGUGGUUUCCUCGUGGGGGCCGCGAUCUUUGCUAUCAGAAGUCGGCAAACAGUGCCACUGAACUACGUUGCCGCUGUGGUCUUUAUAGGUGUGGCCGCCCUUUUUGCUUUAGUCGACGUUUGUCUUCAAAGAAAACACUUCAAAGGCAAGAGGGUCAAAAGGAAUGUGCUGGUUCCUCCACCAAAAGAGGUUGAAAAGCCAAAGCCUCCAGAAAAAGCAGAGGAAGGAGGAAAACCGGGAGGAAAAAAACCAAAGGAACCCAAGGCAAAGGCAGAUGCCAAGGGGAAGGCGGACGCAGACAAGGGCAAGGCGAAGGGAGGCAAGAAGUGA